CGUGGCUACCUGCAGGGCACGCAAAUAAAUGUGCACUGAGGUCUGCAGGUGAGCUUAGCUGCACAACAUGAAGGCGUUAACUACACCAGAGACUUCCAGGCAGAGGGUGAGGAGGGUGACUAAGCCUGUAAUGGAGAAACGCAGACGAGAGAGGAUCAACCACAAUUUGGAGACUUUGCGCCUGUUGAUGCUGGAUACCACCCAGGAUGAGAAAUUAAAGAACCCCAAAGUGGAGAAAGCAGAGAUUCUGGAAAGUGUGGUCCAGUUCUUGAAAGAGAACCGUGCAAUGACGUCAUUGUCCGGCGGCCAGAAGACCCCCGGCCCUGAGCAGCAGCAGCACCGCGACUACCAGGCCGGGAUGAGGUCUUGUCUGCGGACGAUCAAACACUUCAUGGCCGCGGAGAACCACAACUCUGCUGGACGAGCUUCCGUUGGACUUCCCGAAGCUCAGAUGAUUGUGCCGUCCUCAGGACAUGUCCCCUACAAACUCUACCCUCAACAUACGCUGCAGGGUGGGAUCUCUUCUCCACGGUUCCUGCCGCAGGGGGGUGAUAAUCAGUGUGACACCCGGAAACUGUCCUCUCCUUCUGCCUGCGUCCAAAGUCAGGAUCCUGUGUGGAGACCCUGGCUUGUAUACACGUCACAAUAAAUAUUCCACGGAUAUACUUUUUUUUUUUCUAUCCUGCUUUCUCAGCGGUUUUUAUUUGAUUUUUUUGUUUUAACAUUUUUUAUUGAGCGGGAUUUUUUGUUCCACUUGUUUUUGAUCAUUCCAAGUGAAGUGCUCAUCAAGGUGAUGAUUGCCAUAUUUUUGAUCCACAUUGGAUAUGCUGAUGCUCCUAUGUUGUCAUGUAGAACGUACACGCAGAAGCAUACAACGGCCACCUUGCAGACUCCAUCCAAGCUCCAAAGAUUUUUAUUUUUUAACAAAGUGCUGCUGUUGCAAAGACUGUAAACAUGUUGAUAGUGUAAAUCAAAUAAAGUCACAUGAUUUUUCAAUUCGGACUAAACAUUAAACUGUGCAGAAUUAUUUUUACUCAAUUUUAACUGCACAUUUGCAUAAUAUUUCCCGUAUCAAUAUCACGUUUGAAAACAUUAUUUUUUGUAGAAUACAAUAAACAUUUUGACAUUAAAUUGUUAGAAAAAUUGGAAAACAUUAGCAAAGCAGUGUACUUUCACUUUUGAUUCAGCCUGGUUUUUUUUUGUUUUUUUUUAAUUACUUGGGGUUUGGAGCUCCCAAAAUGUAACUUCCUAAUGUUUCCUUUUAAAUAACAUUACAUUUAA